AAUGGGCUCUACCCACCUCUAGCCUGUCUUCGGUCUAUUAGUGGCCUGUGACGUAAAGGGCGGGGCGGGAGGCUAGGUACAGCAACAACUGGGCGUCGGGUCUUCUCUGUCGCUAGGAAGCGGGCAAUCGGAGGGAAGAUGGUUUACAUCUCGAAUGGUCAAGUGUUGGACAGCCGGAAUCAGACCCCAUGGAGAUUGUCUUUCAUAACAGAUUUCUUCUGGGGAAUAGCAGAAUUCGUGGUUUUUUUUUUCAAAACUCUGCUUCAGCAAGACGUGAAGAGAAGACGAGGCUACGGGAGCUCCUCUGAUUCCAGAUACGACGAUGGCAGAGGGCCACCAGGAAACCCUCCACGAAGAAUGGGUCGGAUCAGUCACCUUCGUGGCCCCAGCCCUCCUCCGAUGGCUGGUGGAUGAGGAAGGUAA